AUGAACGACAAGGAACGCCUGAAUUCCGAUCUGCAAGGGAUGCUCGACGAAUUUACGAGAGUUCGAGAUUCGCAUGUGGGUUUGAAAGCCUAUUGCGACGCUCAGGAGGUAACUUUACAAACGGAAAAAGAACGUUCGGAGAGGAUGAAGGAAAUUUUAGAAAAUUUAUCCAAAGCCUACAUGCUCCUCGAGAAACGUUACAAGAUCACCGUGGACGAGUUAAGCGCAGAAAAAGAAGGUCUUUGUAAAACAAUCGAGAGUCUGAAAGACCAGUGUGACCAUUUACGACUAAUUGCAACCGACCGUAAUGGUGACGACGAUCAAGUUUCUAGGCUCCAGGAUGAGGUCGAGGUCCUUAAAACCCAAUUGGUUCUUCAGGAAGAAAAAUUUAAUGAAGAUAAGGCUCAUUUGAAGCGGCAACACUCUGAUGAGGUUCAGAGGUACAAAGUGUUACUGCAGGCCAUGAAACUGGAUACUGCAUCGGUAUCAGGGGGUGGAACUAAGAAAAGGGGACGACCGAAGGGUGCAACCAAAAAUCAGAGCAAUCCGUCAUUUUUUAGAUGGCCUGAAUUGCACAUAGAGAGGGUCAGCAGCGCCCCCAUGGACGCUGAGGACAAACCUAAUGACGGGAAUGAAAAGAAUAAAAAACGAAAGUUGUUUCACGAAGACACGGACGGUACAUUUAACAUUGUUUAG